CAGCUGCUGCAGGAGGUGUUGGACACCGACCUCAGCGAUCAAGCUUUCCUUUCUCCACUCACAAAGUCGUCAACGCCGCCGGCCAUCAGGUACGUGCCAUGCGCCUGUCCUUUGUGGGCGAGCUGGGCUGGGAGCUCCACAUCCCCAAACACUCCUGCCUGCCCGUCUACCACGCCGUCAUGGCGGCGGGCGCCAAGCACGGCGUCAUCAACUCGGGCUACAGGGCCAUCGACUCUCUGAGUAUCGAGAAAGGUUACCGCCAUUGGCACGCCGACCUUCGCCCCGAUGACACGCCCCUGGAGGCGGGGCUAGCCUUCACCUGCAAGAUGAAGAGCGCCAUCCCCUUCCAAGGUCGAGAUCGGCUGGAGAAGCAGAAGGAGGCGGGGCUAAAGAGACGCAUCGUGUCCUUCACCAUCGACGAGAAAGUUCCCAUGUUCGGCUUGGAGGCCAUCUUCCGCAACGGCCUUCCUGUGGGUCACCUGCGGCGUGCUGACUACGGCUUCUUCAUCGACAAGACCAUCGGCUACGGAUACAUCAGCUGUCCUGAUGGAGGCGUGGUGAGCGCAGACUUUGUGAAGAGCGGCGAGUUCACGCUGGAGCGGAUGGGCGUGGCCUACAAGGCCAAAGCCCACCUCAGAUCCACCUUUGACCCCGAGAACAAGCGUGUGAAAGGCGUGUACGACUGACCAGGACUGACCAGGUCUGACCAGGUCUGACCAGGACUGACCAGGUCUGACCAGGUCUGACCAGGUCUGACCAGGACUGACCAGGUCUGACCAGGUCUGACCAGGACGGACCAGGUCUGACCAGGACUGACCAGGUCUGACCAGGACUGACCAGGUCUGACCAGGUCUGACCAGGACGGACCAGGUCUGACCAGGACUGACCAGGUCUGACCAGGUCUGACCAGGACUGACCAGGACUGACCAGGACUGACCAGGUCUGACCAGGUCUGACCAGGUCUGACCAGGACUGACCAGGACUGACCAGGUCUGACCAGGUCUGACCAGGUCAGACCAGGACUGACCAGGUCUGACCAGGACUGACCAGGACGGACCAGAUCUGACCAGGUCUGACCAGGUCUGACCAGGACGGACCAGAUCUGACCAGGUCUGACCAGGACUGACCAGGUCUGACCAGGACGGACCAGAUCUGACCAGCAGGUGCCAACUUUCCAUCCCUAACGCACUUUUUCUCACGCAAUGAUGCAACCUUGGCUUUUUGUCAAGGAAUUCUCGGCUGACUUUUGUAGCGUCCACCUGAAGAAUCAAACAUCACAUUUGAAUAUGUUUAGCAAGUCAAGGUCAUUGGUUUGACCUUACCUGGCUCAAUCUGCUACUUUCUCAGGAAAUAGCCCUUAGCUUAGCGGCUAACAUGGAGCUAGCUUCCAUUAGCAGUGAAUGCUAAUAUUUAAGCUCAAACAAUCUCUAAUGUACUUUUUCUUCUGCCAAUAAGGUUGUUCAUUUAUUCUUGGAGUCUUAAAUUCAAAUCAAGCCAAUUUUCAUAUUUUUCACCCAAUCUGCUAUUUUUAAAGAACUAGCCUUUAGCUUAGCAUUUAAUCUGGACUUUAUUAUUCUGGAGCAGUGAAUGCUAAUAUUUGAGCUCAAACGAUCUAUAUUAUAGUUGUAUAGAGUAUUUCUUUUGGCUAUAAGCUAAUUAAUGUUGUGUGUCUGGGUAAAUAAAGUGUAUUUUACUGUUAAAAAGUGCAAAUAAAGAGCCAUUCUGUGAUUCAA